AUGUCUGUCACGCUCCACACCACUCAAGGCGACCUCAAGGUCGAGCUCUUCUGCGAAGCCGUCCCACAAACCGCUGAGAACUUCCUCGCUCUCUGCGCAUGCGGCGCAUACAACAACACCCCAUUCCACCGUCUGAUCCGCGGAUUCAUGAUUCAAGGUGGCGAUAUCUCCCUCGGCCCCGCCGCGCAGCCCUCAGAAUCCAACAAACCGAUGCUUUCCUUCGAGAUCCCCAAAGGCGGCACGUCGAUCUACCACCCGUCUGCGCUGAACCAAGAAAUCCACCUCCCAUCCCUCCGCCACAACGCGCGCGGAAUUCUAUCCAUGGCCUCGCGCCCGGUCAAGGACCGGACGGCGCCGGGGUCUCAGAAUGCCACCGGUGCAGCGAUUAACGGGAGCCAGUUCUUUAUCACUUUUGCGCCGGCGCCGCAUCUGGAUGGGGCGAGCACUGUGUUUGGGAAAGUAUUGAACUUGAGCGCGCAAGAUGAAGGCGGCGAUGUGCUUGCGCAACUGGAGAAGGCCAAUUCUAAAAUCGAUAAGAAGGGCAAGGUUUCCCAGCCUAAAGAGGGUGAUGAUUUUGAGGCUCUCCGCAUCAACCGCGUCACGAUCCACGCCAAUCCAUUCGCGAAGUGA